AUGUCUGAUCUUAUGCAAGGCAGCAUUGGUUCGUUGGUACUAAAUGAAUAUGAGUGCUGGAGAGUCUUGUAUCAAAUGUCACAGGCGUUGUUGUAUUUACAUGAAUCUUCUUUCAUCCAUAGAGAUGUGAAACCCACCAACAUUUUAUACGCGAAAAAAGGAGAUUGUUUUCGUUAUGUACUGGCAGAUUUUGGUUUAACCCGUUCUGAAGAGACCAUGGGAGAGAGAACAAGAUUUGCUGAAAAUGGUACAAGUGGAUUCAUUGAUGAUGAAACUCGUGCUCAUGGAGUCGCUAAAGAGUCUGAUAUUUAUGCCUUGGGUGUAACUAUGGUGUUGUUGCUUGCAAAAAAGUGUAAACCAGAAGGUAAUCCUUUGGAGAUGCUUCAACGUUGUCACAAGUGUUCUUCUUCAAUGAGAGAAGUAGUUCGAAGAAUGUUAUUGAAACGAGCUGAUCGUAUCUCAUUGAGUGAUAUUAAGAAACAUUGCGAAACAGCCCUUAAUAAAGAGGUGCAGAUGGGUAUUGAACUAAGGAACAGUGAGAACCAAAGAAGAUCCAUCGAUGCUACUGAUGACUCUGAAAAUGGAAACACAGAACCAGAAAAUCGUGAACACUCGAUACUUUCUCGUUUAUUUUCUUCACCAAAAGUUACACCGGCGAGAGAUGCAAAAAGAUCCUCUGGUAUUCAAAAACAGCACAAAACAAAGAAUGAAAGUAGAAAUAGAACUAUGACAAGCUGGUCUGAAAUUAUUUCAGAUGUGGCCUAUUUAUUCUACGACUUUGUAAAGUCUGCAAAAAACAAAUAG